UCUCCGGUAUAUAAAAAGAAACUGACAAGUAUGAGAUUAGUGUCGAUGUAUACCUUCGGCAUAUUAAUUCUUUUACAGUUUUACGUGUGUUGACAAUCCUGAUAAUCAAAAGGUUUUAUUUUUUGCCAAGUUUUGGUAAACGAUAAUCAAAAGGUUGCAAUUGAAAAAGAAAGGACAAAACUCAAACUUCAUAAAAUCUACCUUUCUCAAUUCGACAUCGUUUCGAUUAAGGUCCAAGCAUAAAAGCGCGCGCAAAAGUAAAUUUUUGCCGCCAAUUAUUAGAGAUUGCAGGUGUGGUCGUCGACCUCUCUUCUUAUCUCUCUCUCCUAUUUUCUCCUUCAAAAAUAGAAGUGAGGAAAAAUGGGACCAAUAGAGGUGAAAUGCAGGUGUGGGGAAAAGAAUUGUAAAGAAUGGGCAAUCAUAGAGUUGCAAGGUGUUAUUGAAGCUCAAUCUGAGGAAGUUCAGAACAAUCUUCAAAACCUCGAAAUCGGUCGAAUUUGCCGUCCUUCCUCUCAGGAAUCAUACACGUUUACAAUAGGGUACCACGAAUUAACAGGAUCAAAGGUCACAUUGAAGAAACCACUUUUGGUGCUGAAGAAAGUGAAACAUUCUGAUGGAGAUCAAAGCAGGAGCUCCGAAUCAUCGACGAACAUGGAGUUGGAUGUGAUCGGAAUUGUUAGGCAGAAGAUUUUGUUCAAGACUAGGCCGAGAGCACUUAUAAGCAGCAGCAAGAAGGCGUAACAUAUUUAUCAACACAGUUAUCUGGUUUUAGUUUAUUAGUCGUUUAGGCACAAAAGUUGCUUAAUAGGGGUCUUUUGCCUGAAAUGCAAUGUUAUAGACGUAUUAUAGUGGUGGUUUACUUUACAUGAAGGUAAUAUGGUUUGUUUCUGGAGAUUCGUUUCACAUGGUAAAGAAAAUAGAAGUUCUUUGCAGAAAAAUGUAAUGAAUUGUGAACUUCAUGUGUCCUAAGCCCUAAGGGAGAUCAUCUUUUUGUGCUGGAUUUCAAGAAGUUAAUUAUAAUGCACAUAUUCAAGGUUGCGAUUUGGUUCA